UCAUGGACAACAUCAUAAGCAAAGGCUUCGCUUUCCAAGUUCCGGCACACCAGCUGAAACGGGACGACAACAGGGUGUUCUACAUACCGCACCACGGGGUGUAUCACCCUAAGAAAAGAAAACUACGAGUGGUCUUCGACUGCACAGCCUUGUUUCAGGGCCGGUCUUUGAAUGGUGAACUACUACAGGGACCCGAUCUGACCAACACGUUGGUUGGUGUCCUCUUAAGAUUUUGUGAAGAGCCAAUAGCCAUGAUGGCAGAUAUCGAGUCGAUGUUUUAUCAAGUUCAGGUGCCAGAAGAAGACGCAGAUCUCCUCCGCUUUCUGUGGUGGCCCAAUGGUAACUUGAAUGGGCCCAUGGAGGAAUACCGGAUGGCAGUGCACCUAUUUGGGGCCACCUCAUCGCCAAGCGUUGCUUCGUACGCACUUCGGAGAACCGCUGAGGACCACAGAGCCACUGCCACCCCAGAAGCCGUUCAAACAAUUCUGCAGAACUUUUACGUGGAUGAUUGUUUAAAGAGCGUAGCUACAGAAGAAGACGCUGCGACAUUGGCAAGUGAUCUCCGCACCUUGUGUGCCAGUGGAGGUUUUAAUCUAACGAAGUGGAUGAGCAACAGCCGGAAGGUGUUAAUGUCCAUCCCAGAAGUACACAGAGCUAGUGAAGCAAAAGACUUGGAUCUAAGCCAUGACGCACUACCAGUCGAGAGGACUCUCGGCAUACAGUGGGAUACAGACAUGGAUGCUUUCACUUACAGCAUGAAGCUGCAAGACAAGCCGAUGACGAGGAGAGGCAUUUUAUCCGUCGUCAACUCUGUCUACGACCCCCUCGGUUUCUUGGCGCCAGUCGUCCUGCCAGCAAAACUUCUGCUAAAAGAGCUUUGUAAGGAGCAGCACGGUUGGGAUGAAAGCAUUAGCAAAAAACAUGCUGAAGAUUGGCAAAAAUGGAAAGAAGAUGUUACUCACCUUACUGACUUCCACGUGAGCAGAUGUUUAAAACCUCCAGAUUUCGGAUGCACUGCCGUGGCACAGUUACAUCAUUUCUCGGAUGCCUCAGAGUACGCAUACGGCACUGUGUCUUAUCUGCUGCUAGAGAACAAGCAAGGUGGGAAACAUUGCUCGUUUUUGAUGGGGAAAUCAAGAGUGGCUCCGCUCAAGCAGGUCACAAUACCCCGGCUUGAACUGACAGCGGCAGUCGUGGCGGUGAAGAUGGACAAGAUGUUACGGCAAGAGCUUCAACUUCCACUCCAACCGUCUACCUUUUGGACAGACAGCACUACCGUACUCAGGUAUAUCGACAGUGAAACAGCUCGAUUCAAAACUUUCGUUGCAAACAGAGUUACACUGAUUCGCGAAGCCACCAAGCCGUCUCAGUGGAACUACGUCGGCACAGCAGAAAACCCUGCAGAUCAAGCUAGCAGGGGCCUGAAAGCCAAAACAUUGAUGCAAGAAGGAACAUGGAUUAAAGGACCGAAAUUCCUGCUGCAAGGCGAACAUGAUUGGCCCAAACAACCUGUGCAAAGGAAGGAAAGCCUUCAAGAUGACCCAGAGGUCAAGAACAUAGUUUCAGUCAACACAGUCAUAGUUGAAGAUAACGUGGAACCAAUUAACAGAUUGAUCGACUACUACUCGGACUGGCAUAAGCUGAAAAGGUCGGUGGCCUGGAUUCUACGGCUGAAGGAAACCUUGCGCCAGCUGAAAGAUGAAAGAAAGGAGUUCUCGAGAACAGUCAAUCAAACCGAAAAGGACCCCGAAAAGCGAAGAUCAAAGUUAGAAAAACACAUGGAGAAAUACAGAACAACAAAAGAAAAGAGACCACUUACCUUAGAGGACAUGGUCGCUGCAGAGUCCAUAUUAAUCCAGUUCAGUCAAAGACAACAGUACCGAGAGGAUAUUAAAGCUCUGCUAAAGGGAAAACAAGUCAGUCGAAACAGUCAGCUGCUCAAGCUGGAUCCGAUUCUGCAAGAUGGCACAUUGAGAGUUGGCGGAAGACUCAACAAGUCGGCCAUGCCAGAGAACGUCAAGCACCCAGUGGUACUCUCUAAGCACUGUAGAGUCGCCACAUUGAUCUUGAGAGACAUACACCAAAGAACAGGACACUGCGGACGCAGUUAUGUGAUGGCACAACUAAGAAGCAAGUAUUGGAUCCCGCAAGCCAAUUCUGCUAUCCGAAAAAUAAUCAACAAGUGUGCAGUGUGUCGCAGGAUCAGUGGAAGAGUCGGAGAGCACUGCAUUCCCCCAUGAUGCCAUUCCCUCCUCUAUCAUUAAGGAUGUUUUUGAUGCAGUUGGCCCUUCAAUUCAAAUAAUUCUAAACUCAUGCCUUACAUCUGGCACUGUCCCCUCAUGUUUUAAACAUGCGGUUGUCCAACCCCUGUUAAAGAAACACAACCUUGAUGCUAAAUGCCUGAAAAAUUACCGUCCCAUCUCUAAGCUUCCUUUUAUCUCCAAAGUCCUAGAAAAAGCUGUUCUGUCUCAGUUGACUCCCUUUCUGACCACCCACAACA